AAAUAAACGUGAGUCGGACGUCGCCUGUUCGACUGUACGUGUCGGUGGUCUGUCCUAAAUGAAGUAGUAAGGUGCUACGAGGUUGGCAAUUUGUUUGUUUUGUUUUUUACCACCCUUAUUUUUGGACACCGAUUUUACAUUAAUUUUAUAGACCACUGGAACCUUUGUGACAUUAUUUGUGCAUUUUUAUUAUUCUUUGGACAACCCCUGUGUUGCGUAUUAAUUAGUGUGGACGUUCGUUUGAAGUUAUUUGCCUUAAUUGAACUUUGCUUAUUGCUUUGGAUUAGUUGGAGUGAAGAUAUUUUAAAAGAAAAAAUAGUUGGAUGGUGAAGACCGAGUUCUAAAAAGGAAUGCUGCAGAAUUUAUGUUGGCGACAAUGGCUACUGUCACUUCGGGAAUCUUAUCUCCAAACUCUUACGUUCUAAAUACAGAUGCAGUAGCCUUAAAGUUGUCACAUCCCGAGCCGAUGGAAACUUUUCACAACAGACACUCCUUCACUCACACCGCCACCUACUCAGAAUCUCAUAAUUCCAGUGACUCAGAACAAGAAGUGCCAUACAAUUCCCAAUCGCCAAACCUACCACUUAACAUUUCCGAACCAAAGAGAAACAAAAGGAAAAAUUUCAAGCCUCGCUACUCCCAAAACCUACCUUCAGAAGACGAGGGUGCACUUAAUUUAAGUGAAUAUAACGAAAAUAAUAAUGUUAAUAACAAUGUUAGAAGAAGAAAACCUCUUGCUGGGAUUAGAAAGGUUAUUCAAGAUUCCAGUUUUACUCCAAUGGAUUUAAGCGGGUCUAAACCAGAUUCGGAAGCUUCUGAGAGGUUGAGUCAUGACUCAGAGCUUUUGAGUCACGAUUCUGAAAAUAAAAAUGACUCGGAUAAUUCUGAUUCGGAUGAUUUUAAUACCGAAAACUAUCGAACGCAAUCGGAUAAUGAGGAGACCAAAGACGAUUCUGAGGAUAACGAAUCCAGUAAAAUACCCAGUAGUUUUUCUAUACAUAAUUUAAGCAAGCCGCAUGUGUCUAAGACGACUACGAGCAUGGGUCAAAAUUUAAGUCCGGAUCAAAUAUCUGAAAUGAGGAAUUAUGCUAUGAAUACUAUGAGAGAGCUUUUGGGAAUUUAUGGGUUAACUUCUGAGGUUGCGGAAAGUAUAUCGAGGCAGUUACCUUUAGCUGCAUUUACCACAGGGAAAAUUUUUGAAAAUCUCAGCCUCACUGCCGCUACAAAACCGUCUCUUAGUGAACCGCCAACCCCACCUUCAACCCCUUUAUCUCCAAAACAGGGUGGAGAAUCGACCAGAAGCGCUCAUUUUAAUCAAGCAACUUCUUCUAGUCAUUUCUCUGCAAUGGGUUUUCCUAUGCCACUAAGCCAUUCUGGGAUGACCAAUCAAGAAUCGAAGACUGGUCAGAGUUUCCCAUUAAAUUUGAAUAUGAAAAAGGAAUUUGGAGGGUUUGUCAAUGGCAGUUCGGAGGACUUUGAAGAUGGGAUGAGAAAUAAAGGAGAGAUGGAGCGGGAUGAUAGUAGAAAUACGGGUAUAUUUUCUGGCAACCUUGCAUUUACUCAUUUAAGUAAGACUGACAGUACGUCUCCGCCACCUAUGGAAUCUCCUUUAAGCGCAAUGAUGCACCAGUCCAUGUCAACAUCUCUUCAGCCAAGAGACUCGCUCUCCACCUCCAGUCUUCUCCUAAACAAAACCUCUACUGUAGAUUACUCGAAAUACGUAAAAAAAUUCUCAUCAAGUGUAGACUGUGGCAGCACUUAUUGCAAAGACCUCAACUACCGCGAACAUUUCCAUUGUCUAGACUGUAACUCUCGCGUUUUUAUAAAAAAAGAAGAAAUGAUUCGCCAUUUUAAGUGGCAUAAGAAAAGAGACGAGUCCCUACAACACGGCUUCAUGAGGUAUAGCCCUUUGGACGACUGUGGUGACAGAUUCGCAAAUUGCACUCACAACAAGAAACAGACUCACUAUCACUGUAUACAAGAGAACUGUGAUAAGGUUUAUAUUUCGACUAGUGAUGUGCAGAUGCAUAGCAAUUAUCAUAGGAAAGAUUCAGCGAUUAUGCAGGAAGGGUUUCAAAGGUAUCGUGCUACUGAGGAAUGCGGAGCCUCUUAUUGUGCAUUUUUCGGACAAAGAACCACACAUUUCCAUUGUAGGAGGAGUGGAUGCAGGUUUACUUUCAAGAAUAAGUCUGAUAUGGAAAAGCACAAGUCCUACCACAUCAAAGACGAGCAACUAUCUAGAGACGGAUUCAAAAAAUUCAUGAAAAACGAAGUUUGUCCAUUCGAAAACUGUCGUUUCUCGAAAGUAUGCAACCACAUCCACUGCAUUCGACCGCAAUGUUCCUACGUGUUACACAGCUCCGGUCAACUAUUCUCCCACAAAAGGAAACAUGAGCGUAAAGACAGCGAAUUGGCUUAUAGAAAAUAUAAACUUGCUCAAAGUAUGAUGAAAACUUUGGCAGAAGGCGGAAUACCCCCUACAUCAGUACCAGUGAACCCUUUUAACUCCCUAGGAAGAGAUUACGAAGCUCAAAUUGACUUAGCUAACUUUUACAAUCAACAAAACUCCCUGUCAAAUAUGUCUAAUGUAUCAAAUACUGAAAGUCUCAGUGACAGGAACUCCCCUUUGAGUUAUAACGAUGAAUCAGAAGGGGCUUUAGCAAUGGAUCUUAGUGCUAGUGAAGCCUCAAAUCUGCCUCCUCAAGAAGACACUUUGAAUUCUGAGGAUUUUUGGAGAAAGUACUGUCAGUUUGUACCUGAAUCUCAACAAUGUAACUUUACGAACUGCGAGUACGCUUACCAAGAACACUUUCACUGUGUGCAAGAUAAUUGUGAAGUGAUACUAACAAGCAAAGAGGGCGCCAAAGAGCACUCGAGAAACCACGAACAGCAAGAGAUUAUUACCGAUAACUUCUUUUCUAUAUCAGAAGUGAACGAACCAUGUGAAGAUCAGUCUUGCAUGUACCAAAGCAAAGAGAAGCAUUAUCAUUGCAACCUUGACAGUUGUCGGGAAGUUAUACUAUCAUCUGACAAACCUUUUAGAAGACUUGAGCAUUACAAGAUGCAUCAAUACAGUCAAAAAUUAAGCCUCACAAAGGAUCCUUUGACAGCAACUCAUUUGGCAACCAGCAUUGAUGGGAUGUUUUGCAGAAAGAGGGGCAGACCACCAAAGAAUCGUGUGAUUGAGGUCUGGAAUGACUACAAUCAUGCUGGGGGUAACCAGAACAUGAUGGAUAGUCCACAAGCUAUUUUUACGAGUUUUAAGUUGCCUAAACCUUCUGCUACUUUAUCUGGAAGUAAGGAUUUGGAGAUGCAGGAUGAGGAUGAUGAACGAGUGUCUCGUUUUACUCCAAAAAGCCCCUCAUUUUCGGCUCCAGCUGUGGCUCUAUCCCAUAUGGCAGAUUACGCAAAUAUAAUGCAAACCUUUGACACGUACGGUGAAAACACCAAAUGUCCGGAUACACUCUGUCCUUAUUUAGGAGCCUCUCAUUUCCACUGCAACAAGAAGAGAUGCUUAUACUCUACUGACCAAAUGUCAGAACUUAUUAACCAUGCCAAAGAUUUUCAUGAAAAUGUGGAAAUUUUGGAAGGAUUCGAGUUUUACGACCGAAUGGUCGAUUGUAGACUGCAAGGAUGUGCAUCUAAUAAAAUAAACAGGCAUUUUCACUGCACUCGUCCAAACUGCAACUACUCAUUUGUCCAGUAUUCACAAAUGGCCAUGCAUAACCACAAGCAUGACUCAACUAGUAUUUCUCCAAAUUUUCCUAGCAUUAGAGUAAAAAGUGAGGAAUUACUCGUUGAGAAACACGAUGAGACAAAAUCUGGCCUUAACUUAAGUGUUGUCAAUCUAAGCCAGGGAUUAAGUGACAACAAUAAAAUAUCAGUGGUGAGGGCUUCUGGAACCUUUUACCCUAUUUCUACAUUAGCACCAGUUUCGGUGGACCAGCGCAGUUCACCGACAAAUCAUGAUAUUUUGGCAGACCAUCAACAAUUGCCUGCAACUUUUGACCCACAAACCGCCCCAUCUACAACGCUCUAUGGCCCAGAAGUGUCAUGCAGUAGACCCUUUUGCAAACUAAAGAGAAAACCCCACUACCAUUGCAACGCGUGCAACCAAGCAUUUUCAGAGCUUGACAAACUAUUGCCUCAUGUUGCACGACAUAAUAAUAGUGCUAUGCAGUUUAGCAAUCGGUCCCCUGAAGACAACAACUUAGAAAGAAAUAGUGAAAGUAACAAUAAUGGGAUGAAUGGGGAUGACAAGAUUUCCGCGGAAAAUUUGAGCAGCGCUGAAGGAAAAAUUAGCAUCGCCAGCUUGUCAAGUCUUCAAAAUAAUAAGUUGAGUCCUCAAGAGAAGCACCAACAAUCGGCCACCACACCUAAAGAACCAUCUACUCCUGAGGCCACUCCAUACUUCUCCACCCCAACCUUCGACGCUUAUAAUCACUUCAGUCAAUUUCCACCGAAUUUUGCCACUCAGAUAGCACUGAUGCAGCAGCAAAAUGCGUUUUCGCUACCUCAAAGCCUUUAUCAGCAAGGCUUGUCCCCGCAAAUGAUGUUUCAACAUGCGCAGCUGAUGCAGAGUCCACUUUUGAGUCAUCAGGCUCAUCCAUUUCCGACUGAAAAUUUAACAUCACCGUUAGCGGCUAUGGCGGCGAACCUAAACAAACGCUCCUUGAGUCCUCACGAAAUGAGUCCGGAGGCCAAAAAAGCCCGCAUUCAGAACUCAAUGAGAAUUUUAAAAGAUGAACCCGUCCCUGCUGGUUAUUUGAGGUUUAGAUUCAAUGAGGACUGCAAAUACCAGCAUUGUGGCUAUAGAGAGCACCAGACCCAUUUCCACUGCCAAAGACAGGACUGUGGUUACUCGUUCUGUGACAAGACUAGGUUUGUCCAACACACGGCACGUCACGAACGCUUAGAUACUUUAAUGGGUGGCGAUUUCCAGCAGUACCGAGCCAAUGUUGCUUGUGGAAGACCCGAUUGUGCUUACACAGCUAACUUAGGUUCCACCCAAAACAAAGCCUCCCACUUCCAUUGUCUUAAGUGUGAGUUUGUAUGCACCGAUACUAACAAAGUAGUUGCGCACAGGCGGCAACAUCAAAAGCUGGACAGCAUUCAAGCUGCGGGUUUUGAAAAAUUCACCCCAAGCCAAAUUUGCCGAGUGCAAAAUUGUCAGCAUAGUGGCAAACAGACCCACUACCACUGUUUGAGUUGUCAAUACGCUGUCUUGGGAUUGGCGCAGAUGAGUGCGCACAAAUACCGACAUAUGGAAGGAUGAAGCGCAGCUUAGUGUGGAAUUUAAUUAAUUGCGCAGGUUGGGCCCGGUUAAGGUGCUGUCAGGAGGUCGCCCAGAUGAAAUGUAGGGUUACAGUGAGACUGUAACCUUACUAGGAACUUUAAAUAUAUCAGUAUUGCUCAAAAUUUUAUGUAAGCAAUAAAACUGUAUAGACACAGAAACAGAUAAAUGUACAAAAAUUCUAUUUAGAAUAUAUUGUAGUUUAAUCCUGCGUCAAUUGUACCAUAUACAUAUUAGUUGUAUAUAAUAGAAAGUAGAUUAGAUAUGUAUAUUAUCUCGAAAUCGAAAUAAUGUUCUUUGCGACACAAUCCAGGUUUAAUGAAAAAAGUAAAUAUUUUUUUUUAAUGUAAGGAAAUGAUAGACUAAUCAAGUUCUUAAAAUUUCCUCAAGAAAAUUUUUUUUCUCAGAAAAUGUUCAAUACAAGAUUCAUCCCAAUCUAGACAUUGCUAACUAAAUCUCGAUAAUGACUCGGCAGCAACUGUAAGACAUUAAACUGUUUGAUUGAUAUAACACCAGUUUUGUGAUAAGCUUUAAGAUUGUUUAGUAUUUAAAAAAAAAAACAUUUUAAAAUAUUUAAAAGUAUAUUUAUAGAGAUUUAUAACUUUAAAAUGUUUAUUUUGCAGGUUGUAGUAUAGGGUGUAAAAAUGACACUACCUAAUAUUAGUUUAGAUUUACAAACUAUAUUUUUUAAGUUAUUUAGAUAUUUUUAGAUGUAGAAAAGAACAAUAGAGGCCUUUCAAUAGAUAGAUUUUGUGCCUUAGGAGAAAAGACAUAUAAAUUUCGUGCCUUUUUUGGUACCAUUUUAUAGAAAUUUUAGACAGUUUAAAAUCAAUAGAGUAGCCCUAUAUAUACAAUCAUAUGUCAUUCCACUUGAUAUACCAUAAGUGCCAUAUACAACAGUGUUUUUCCAUAAAAGUAGUUGUAGUACUCUAUAUUUAAAUAUGUGUCAUAACUAUUUUAUUUCAUUUGCUUUCCUGUAUUAUUUUUAACAAGCUUAUUUUGUGAAUUGUUUGCCAUAUUUUGUAAACCAGAACUCGUUUAGAGCUUUUCUUUCUUUUUUUUAGUUUGUUCAUAGCUAGUCUUGUUUUCUUCCUUUAUUCUGUUUUUGUUUCUUAUGUAUAUAUAUAAUUUUUUUUUUGCAUGACAAGAUUUAAUCUUGUAGUUUUUCAUAAUCAACAAAGUUGAUAUAAAUAUUUAUUAAACUAUAAGUUUUUUUAAAACUUUUAACAAUCAAGGUAUUGUUUAAAAUUGUUUUUUUUUCUUUGGAAAAAACACUAUUUAUAGGAAUUAUUCUGCAUCUAAUGUAUAUUAUUAUUUUAGUUUUAUUCUUUCGUUUAAGAUGAAAUCCUUGGGAUGAAGGAUCAGAGUG